CUUUCUAAAUAUUAUAAUAAGAAUCAUACUAUUGAUUUUUUCGAAGGCGAAUUACUUUUAUUUAAGUCUAUUUAUCUUUUUUCGGAAAGAGAACUUUUAGUACUUAAAGAUUAUAUUAAUAAAAAUACUAUUAAUAAAAGAAUAUAUUUAUUUAAAAGUUCUGCAGGGGUUUCUAUUCUUUUUAUAUCUAAAAAAAAUAGAAGUUUGCGGCUAUAUAUAGAUUAUUAUAAAUUUAAUAAAGUUACAGUAAAAAAUUAA